GUUUGAGUCAGGUGUCUUUACCAUCGUGUCAGAGAGGGACGCAGUGUGGCGCUCCACUUGCCCUGCCCAAACACCAUCAAAAUGGGGGCAGAUUAUUUUGGAUUCUCUUAUCUCCGCAAUGAGAACAGAAGAAAUGUCACCAUAUAUAUUAACAAUCCAGCGGACAUCUCGGUGAUUGUUAUAUAUUUUUUGGUGGUUCUGGCUGUGGGAGUAUGGGCAAUGGUACGGACCAAUCGAUCCACAGUAGGAGGCUUUUUCCUGGCUGGCAGAAGUAUGGUGUGGUGGCCGAUUGGAGCCUCUCUCUUUGCAAGUAACAUUGGAAGUGGGCAUUUUGUGGGACUAGCAGGAAGUGGAGCGGCUGCUGGUAUUGCCAUUGGAGGCUUUGAGUGGAAUGCUCUUGUUGUUGUGAUUAUUCUGGGAUGGCUCUUCGUGCCAAUCUACAUAAAAGCUGGGGUCGUGACCAUGCCGGAGUACCUGAAGAAACGCUUUGGUGGGCAGCGUAUCCGUAUCUAUCUCUCUGUGCUGUCCCUGAUUCUCUAUGUUUUCACCAAAAUCUCUGGGGACAUGUUUGCAGGGGGCAUUUUCAUCAACCAGGCUCUGGGACUGAACAUUUACCUUGCCGUGAUUAUUCUGCUGCUGAUUACAGCUCUUUAUACAGUAACAGGUGGUCUAGCUGCAGUCAUCUACACAGACACCCUGCAGACCGUCAUCAUGGUUGUGGGAUCAUUCAUUCUCAUGGGCUUUGCGUUCAAUGAGGUCGGAGGCUAUGAGAACUUCAAGGACCGCUACAUGAAUGCGAUCCCGUCAGUGGUGGGUGCAAACAUCAGUGAAUCGUGCUACACCCCUCGUGCGGACUCAUUCCACAUUUUCAGAGACCCUAUUACCGGCAAUCUGCCCUGGCCUGGAAUGGUCUUUGGUCUUACUAUCCAGGCUACCUGGUACUUUUGCACUGACCAGGUACUGAUCCAUUUAUCAAGUUUGCUGACGCAUUUUUGUGCAGUAACACUUUCUAGAUUGUGGCUACCUUCUCGUAUUGCUUUAUUCUGUACCUCUCGGAAUUGCCUGAUUGGCUCUGUGCUUUCCUUCCUUCAAGAGGCCUGGGAGCUGAGGCUAUCUCCCUCCACCUUGAAGGUGCAUGUCACCGCCAUUGCAGCACAUCACGAUGCUGUUGAUGGCAGGUCGCUGGGAAAGCACGACCUGGUCAUCAGGUUCCUGAGAGGCGCCAGAAGGUUAAAUCCUCCAAGGCCUUUCAGAUCAUCCUUUCAGGUCUACAGAGAGCUCCCUUCGAACCCCUUGAGUCAGUUGAGCUCAAAAUGCUUCUCUUUGAAGACAGCAUUCCUGACCGGAGCCGGUCUCUUCCUGUAUGUUGGGUACAAACAGGUUUUUGAAGGUCUCAGAGGCUUGAUGUUGUCUGUCAUGCUGGCCUCUCUGAUGAGUUCACUCACUUCCAUCUUUAACAGCGCUAGCACACUCUUCACCAUGGACAUCUACACCAAGAUCCGUCCCAAAGCCAAAGAGAAGGAGCUCAUGCUUGCUGGGAGGUUGUUCAUGCUAAUUCUGAUCGGCGUGAGUAUUGCGUGGAUCCCCAUAAUUCAGUCAGCUCAGAGCGGCCAGCUUUUCGACUACAUGCAGUCCAUCACCAGUUAUCUGGCUCCACCCAUCGCCGCUGUCUUCACCCUCGCCAUUUUCUGCAAGAGAGUAAAUGAAGCAGGCGCAUUCUACGGGUUGUGUAUUGGUCUGUUGGUGGGUCUGGCGCGUAUGAUAACCGAAUUUGCCUAUGGCACGGGCAGCUGCGUGAGCCCCAGUAACUGUCCCACGAUCAUCUGUGGUGUGCACUACCUCUAUUUUGCACUGAUCCUCUUCGGCCUGUCCUGUAUAUUGAUAUGGGGCAUCUCCCUCAUGACCAAACCCAUUGACGACAAACAUCUGUACAGGCUCUGCUGGAGCUUGAGGAACAACACUGAGGAGAGGAUAGAUCUGGAGGCAGAUGACUGGACUGAUGAACAGGAUUCCAGCUCUAUGGAAACAGAAGAGGUGCGUGAGGAGCCCGGCUGUUGUAAGAAGGCCUACAACUGGUUCUGUGGCUUUGACCAAGGCAAUGCCCCUAAACUGACUAAAGAACAGGAGGCGGAGAUGAAGUUGAAGCUCACCGACACCUCUGAAAAACCUCUAUGGAGAAACGUGGUCAACGCUAACGCUGUUAUCCUCCUCACCGUCUGCGUCUUUUUCCAUGGUUUCUUUGGUUAAAGAUCACAUCAGUAUCAUCUAACUCUGUUAAGGAUAUUAGACCUGUGUUCUGUGGACAGAAAUGUUACCUUAUCAGUAACAUCAAGCUAAAUGUGAUUAAUCAGAUUGUAAGAGGUUACAAAGUUCCUCUUGAAACACUCAAUACUUCCUUAUAAUAUCCUCAACAAAACCCCUUUCUUCCUUAUAGCUGCUUACUGUACUUUGAUUUGAUGGAAGGAACUACAAUAUAUUGUA